AUCUUUGGAUAUGAUUCCGUAUUACAAUUUGGCGGUGGAACUUUAGGUCACCCUUGGGGAAAUGCACCUAGUGCCGUAGCUAAUCGAGUAGUUCUACAAGCUCGUAAUGAGGGACACGAUCUUGCUCGUGAGGGUAAUGAAAUUAUUCGUGAGGCUAGCAAAUGGGUCCUGAAUUGGCUGCUGCUUGUGAAGUAUGGAAGAAAAUUAAAUUUGAAUACGCUGCAAUGGAUACCUUGUAAGCAAUUUUCACACAUCUAA